UUUUCGUUGUCUUGAUCAUUGUCAUUUUCACCAUUCAAUUCACUCGAAUUAGUCACGUAUACAACAUAUUCAUCCUUUCCAGAUUUCACCGAUCCCUGUCACCCCACAUUUGCAACCAUAACACCAAUAUGCAACACUAUCUUCUCCAACUUAUUCCUCCUCUUCACCAAACUACCAUCAAAAUCAUCGUCACUGACAAGUAUCGAACGAAUUUCACGACUCUCUUAAUCCUCAAAAUCCCCAUCUUCGUAAUUAACCCUAUAUAACCACUGUCGUAAUACACAACUUUCUAUAGAAAAACACCUAAGAUCAAAGAUGAUGACUAACGGUGAAAGUUUAUCUACAAACACUCCUACACUAAAGUCAAUAUAAUACUGAAGGUGGACAUACAAUUCAUAACGAUCAUACCAUGAUAGGCCACAAUACGAUGCUCUCAUACAAUUUGACGGAUGUGGUAUCAGGCUUAACCCAACUGAAAAAUCCGAUCCAAAACAAACAUAAACCCAAAAUAACCCAAUCCACCUAAUAUUGUUUUUACAAUAAUCCCGUUAAACUAACUAUACACAAACCAUUUCUCAAUAGAACAACAUUCCCCUCUAAAUUUUCAAAUAUUUAAAUUCCAUUGCCGCAUUCUUUUAAAUGGUGAAGGGAUUAACUCAGUCCGUGUGACGUGCGCAACUCGAACGCACAGCGAGUCAAAAAAACAAAGAAACUCGUCAUCACAACAUCAAACAAAUAAAAAAAUAAAAAAUAUUAACACUAGAAAUUUCCGAGUAUAAAUACACCACAAUGAAUAUUAGAACUCGUUCAUCACUGAGUCGCGUCAGAAGAAACUAUCGUUCUCUCUGCAUUUUCUGCUACUAGGGUUUUCUCUUCGAUUUUCGGCGAUUUGAUUUUCCUUCAACGGAAAAUUCUUCGUCUUCAAUGGUGUUCAUCGAACACUAAUCAGAAUAUUCAUCUUCUUCAAUGGUGGUGUUCUUUCACUAAUCAGGAUCUGAGUAAACCCUAAAAUUUUAAGGUGGGAAUUAGAAGUUUGUGAGGGGAAUUUAGAGGGUUUGUGUGUGUUUUUGUUGGAUUUUAGGGUUGGUAUAUGGAGAAGGGUGGUGGGAAACCGAGAGGUCGUCCGAGGAAACGACGAAAGGAGGAGGAAGAGAAGGAGGGGAAAUUGGUUAAUGAAGCUAAGAGGCAAGUAGUUGAGACGAAACCGAUUCCGUUGGUUGGGAGGUAUGUGCUGAAAGAGUUUCCUAGAAAUGGUGUUUUUCUAGGUAAAGUUGUGUAUUACGAAAGUGGUUUAUACAGGGUUAAUUAUGAAGACGGUGAUUUUGAAGAUUUAGAGAGUGUUGAAAUUCGUCCGAUACUUGUCAGGGACGAUAGUUUUGAUGGUAGUUUAGUUAAGAGAAGAAAUAAGUUGGAUAAAUUAGUGUUGCAGAAUAGUGCUAAGGUUGCAAAUAAGUCUGAUAAGGGUUCAUUGAAAUCUCAAAAAGAUGAACAUGAACCUGCUGCUGUUGGUGCAACUGAUCCGUGUGAAUCAAAGGGUGAAAAUGAUGAGGAUGAAGACGACGAAGAUGAUGUGGAUUUGUCGAGUGGCUCUGUUUCUAAUGUUGAGACAGUGCCUUUGCCUCCGCCAUUGCAUUUGCCGCCAUCGUCCGGAACUAUCGGUGUGCCUGAGCCGAGUGUCUCACACCUCCUAUCUGUAUAUGGGUUUUUGAGAUCAUUCAGCACCCGAUUGUUUCUUCAUCCAUUUACUUUGGACGAAUUUGUUGGUGCCCUGAAUUAUCGAGGACCAAACACUUUGUUUGACGCAAUUCACAUUUCUCUGAUGCGGGUGUUGAGGCGUCAUCUUGAAAGCCUGUCGUCUGAGGGGUUUGAGCUUGCAUCACAAUGUCUUAGGUGCAACGAUUGGAGCUUGCUCGAUACGUUGACUUGGUCUGGCUUUGUGAUUCUCUAUUUGGUGGUUAACGGGUACACAAAAGGACCUGAAUGGAAAGGUUUUUAUGAUGAGGUUUUUAGCAGUGAGUAUUAUUUGUUGCCUGUAAGUAGGAAGUUAAUGAUUCUGCAAAUUCUUUGUGAUGAUGUUUUGGAAUCUGAGGAGCUAAAAACUGAAAUGAACACGCGAAAGGAAUCAGAGGUCGGGAUGGAUGAUGAUGCAGAAGAUAUCCUUCCUGCAGAAACUGGCCCCAGAAAAGUCUAUCCAAGAUAUACCAGGACCUCUUUUUGUGAGGAUAAAGAAGCUGUGAAGUUGGUUUCAGCAUCAAAUGCUGGGAACCAACCUGGUAACUCUGUUUCAAAUUGCAGAGAUACAGAAAGCACUGGGGAUGGAGAUGUUGAUAGAAAUGGAGAUGAAUGUCGCCUCUGCGGUAUGGACGGAACCCUUAUUUGUUGUGACGGGUGUCCCUCUGCUUAUCAUUCAAGGUGUAUUGGUGUGAUGAAAAUGUUUAUACCAGAAGGGCCAUGGUAUUGUCCAGAGUGCAAAAUUGAUAUGGCUGGGCCUACAAUUGCAAAGGGAACCUCACUUAGAGGGGCUGAAGUAUUUGGGAAGGAUUUGUAUGGGCAGCUCUUCAUGGGUACAUGCGACCACUUACUUGUGCUUAACUUUGAGAACAAUGAAGUUUGUCUUAGAUAUUACAAUCAGAAGGACAUCCCUAAAGUUGUCCAAGUGCUUUAUGAAUCCAUGCUGCAUAGGCCAAUGUACCAUGAUAUUUGCAUGGCAGUUUUACAAUAUUGGAAUAUUUCAGAAAACUUCUUACCUCUUUGUGCUUCAAUUGAAACAAAUUUAAAGGAUGAGACAAAAUCAUCUGCCCUUUUAUGUCCUCCUUCAAGUGAAGACAACCAUACACCUGUUAGUUUGGUCAAGGUAGAGAACUCUCCAACCACUGCGAGUUUGAUUCCCAAUGAUAAUAUGGUGCCUUCUCUUGAUGCUUUGCAAGUUAUUCCCCAAAGUCUUGCUUUUAAUAGCAGUGGCAUUGAUAGAAGUGAAAAGGGCCUUACUGUAAAUAAGAAGCUUUCUGAGGAAAUUAAGACGGAGGCAAUAAUUUCAGCUGGUUCUGUUGGUCAUCCAUCCGACAUGAACUUUCAGAAUUCUGUCAAUAUGUCAACUGCAGUAGAUGCUGCUAAGUACUCUGUGGCAAACAGUCAAUCAAGUAAUUGUGGCCAUGCAAAUGAUAUGGAGUUGCCUUCAAAUUUUUCUUUGCAAAACAAAGAAAACACCCAAGUAGGUUUUGGAAAGUGUGAACGCACUGCAAGUGAUGAUUUUUGUUACAUGGGUUUCUCCUUUAAACCCAUGUCUUACAUAAAUUACUAUAUGCAUGGUGAAUUUUCUGCAUCAGCAGCUGCCAAAUUUGCAUCUGAUUCUUCAGAGGAGUCUAAGCCAGAGGGUCAUGCGUCAGACAGCCAGAAGAAAACAUUAUCUGCAUACACUUAUUUGCAAGCAAAAUCAUUCUCCCAAGUAGCUUCACGUUUCUUUUGGCCCAGUUCUGAAAAGAAGCUUGUGGAUGUUCCAAGAGAGAGGUGUGGUUGGUGUCUUUCCUGUAAAGCCAAUGUUGUUAGCAAGAGAGGGUGCAUGUUAAAUCAGUCUCUUAUAAUUGCCACAAAAAGUGCUAUGAAAACCCUUGCUAUAUUACCUCCUUUAAGGAAUGGAGAGGGAAUUCUUCCUAGUACCAUUGCAACUUACAUUUUAUAUAUGGAGAGAUGUUUGCAUGGUUUAGUCGUUGGGCCCUUCGUAAAUGCAAGCUAUAGAGAGAACUGGCGUGAGCAAGUUAAACAAGCCACAACAUUUAGUGCUAUCAAGCCACUUCUACUUAAACUUGAGGAGAACAUUCGAAUCGUUGCUUUUUGUGGGGACUGGGUUAAGCUGACGGAUGAUCACUUAGUUGAAUUUUCCAAUAUCAAAAGUGCCACAUCUACUCAAGGAACAACUCAGAAACGUGCCCCAAGUGGGAGGCGUUCUAAAAAGAGGUCAUCUAGUGAUGAAGCUACAGAUGAUGGUUCCAAGGAAAGUAUGUGGUGGCGUGGUGGAAGGUUUUCAAGACUUAUAUCUCAGAAUAUAACUGUGCCCAAAUCCAUGGUCCGAAAAGCAGCUCGCCAAGGUGGUUCGAGGAAAAUUUCUGGUAUUUUCUAUGCUGAUGACUCUGAAAUUCCCAAAAGAAGUAGACAGCUUGUCUGGAGAGUUGCAGUUGAAAUGAGUAGGAAUGCCUCACAGCUGGCACUCCAGGUCAGAUAUCUAGAUUUUUAUCUUAGAUGGAGUGAUCUGAUUCGUCCAGAGCAGAACACACAGGACGGGAAAGGCCAAGAGACCGAAGCUUCUGCUUUCCGAAAUGCAAAUAUUUGUGACAAAAAACUUGUACAGGGAAAAAUUUGUUACGGGAUAAUUUUUGGGAGCCAAAAGCAUCUUCCUAUUCGGGUGAUGAAAAGUGCUGUUGAAACAGAGCAAGGGCCGGAAGGAAGAGAAAAGUAUUGGUUUUUUGAAAAUCGCAUUCCUUUAUAUUUGGUAAAAGAGUAUGAAGAAGGUAAUGAAAAGGCUCCAUGUGAAGAGCACUAUAGUGGUACAUAUCAGUUGCACAGAAGGCAGUUGAAAUGUUCCUGCAAUGACAUAUUCUUUUACCUCAUUUGCAAGAGAGACAACUUGGCAUACUCGUGUUCUUCAUGUCAGAUGGGCAUUUCAAUUCGGUAUGCUCACAAGUGCAAUGCAUGUCAAGGUUAUUGUCACAAGGACUGUUCCAUAAGUUCAGUCUCUAGACUCUCUACAAAAGGGGGAGUUGAAUGCUUGACAACAUGCAAACAAUGUCACCAUGCCAAGUUACUUGCUCCAAACAUAACUAGUGAUGAAUCUCCAACAAGUCCCUUAAUCUUACAAGGACAGGAAAACAGCUCUGGGACUAGUUUUAAGGGAGCAAGGCCAAAGACCAGUCAUUCUGAUAUGAAACAAGUUAACUCCAAGUCAGUUUCGAAAGGAUCAAAGCGUAAAUGUCAGGAUCAAACUUUGACUUCUGCCAGGAAAAAGAAUGGUCAUCCUGAGACAAAACUAGCCGAGUCUGAUUCCACUUCGGCAUCAAUCAACCGUCGCAACAAUAAUUGUUCUUGGGGUGUUAUUUGGAAAAAGAAAAUGAACGAAGAUAACUUUAAUUUUGUGAUCAAAAACAUACUUUUCAAGGGAGCGUCAGACAUACCUGAUUCGGGACCUACUUGUCACUUGUGUGGAAAGGCAUAUAGGUCAGAUCUAAUGUAUAUUUGCUGCGAAGCAUGCCAAAAUUGGUUUCAUGCUGAAGCUGUUGAACUUGAAGAGUCCCAAAUUUCGGCCAUGCUGGGUUUUAAAUGUUGCAAGUGUCGCAGGAUAAAAUCACCUGUGUGUCCUUACUCUGAUUCAAAACCUAAGUCAGAAGUUAAGAAACCACGCAAAAGGGCUGUAAAGAAAGAACAUUCUGGAGCCAAUUCUGAUUCUGGAACAUUUAAUGAUAUGAGGGAGUGUGAACCUGCUACUCCUGUCUAUCCUGUGGGAAAUGAUCAUUUAACUUACUCUCUUGAAAAUUUUGAGCUGAUCACAGAGCCUAAUAAAUUAGAUUCGGAUGUCGAGUGGAACACUGUUUCUGUGCCAGGGCCUCGGAAAUUACAAGUGAGAAGGCAUGUUAAGCAUGAAGGGGAUGACGAUGGUUCUGUUGCAGGAAUUCCUUUACAAGCUGAAUUUCCAACAUACAGUGAAGCAAGUUAUCUGUCCAAUCCAGCAGAUUCAACAUUACCUUUAGAAUACGACCCUGCUGCUUUUGACAGCAAUCUGAUGAUUGAUUUUGAAGACAAUAACAAUACCAUCUUCGAUACAAAUGAACUUCUGCGCUCAGAUGAUGACGGCCAGAUUGGUGGAGUUGAUUUGUCCGGGGAAUUGUUGGAAUAUGAUUUUGACAAUUUUGACACCGCUAAUCUUGAAGAAUUUGGAGAUGGUAGUUUUAGUUGUUGUGUAUGUCUUCAAGGUGAACCAGGCCCUGAUCUUUUUUGUGAGACUUGCGGGACUUUGAUGCACAGCCAUUGUUUGCCAACUUGGCAUGAACCAGUUUCUGAUCCGGAACAUUGGAGGUGUCUGACUUGCCGGGAGUGGCAAUAACUUAUCAGUGUGUCAUGCUGUGGAGCUUUUGUGCUGCUGAAUUUUGGAAGUUGUUUUAAAAUAGGUGGCGAGUUCUCGAGAAGAAUGUUGUAUGGAUAAUUGUUGGAGCUGUGUCAAUGAAUGAACCAUGGAUUGGUUGCAGAUCUCUCACCAAGGGCGAGUAGCUGUAGAACUUGGGGAAAAUUUAUUUUGCACACUUUGAGACAUUAGUUGGCUCCUCCCCUGUUCACAUUAAUAUGUUGCUUCCUGGGUGCCUACUAGACUCAAUAUUGUCAAACACAAAUUAUAAGGUAUAGUUUUCAGUCGUCGUUGGUUUUGGUUGAUACUAUCGGAUCAUGGUUUAUCAGCUGAUUUUAUUCUCUUGUCCGCACAUAGGAUUGUUUUUCCUAUUUUACAAUCCCCAAAUUCUGACCAUAGAGAUAAGCAGGUUUUUCCAAGUAUGGUGUUUAUCUCAAACAAUAAUUAUUUUGUAUAGAUUAUAUUACUCAUUUUUUGAGUUCGGGCAAAAUGAAUAAACUGCACUCAAUUGAGAAAGGAAAUUCUAUACUGCAUUCAAUUCACUCA